UGGAGACUGCCACCUCACUAGCCACUCCAGAAUCGGACUGACCAACCACAGCCGAUGCUGUCUCAGCCGUGACGUCACUACAGCAGGAAACGACCACAUGGGUGCAUAGUCCAUGGUCGACACCGACCAAUGGAGGCCGAUGAAAUGUUCGUCUAGCAUUUACGAAAGUAUAAGCAGCCAUCAAUAUGUGUCAUCUUUGUUUUGUUUUUAAACCUUUGCUUUUGUACUGAGAUUAUAAUUGGAGGUUCUCGUUGAUUUCUCGAAGCUAAAAAGCAAUCAACCACGAUGCUUGAGUUAAGCGUUCGCGUUUCCCAUGGUUUCAUACAGAAACACAGUCUUUCCAUUUAUGUUCUCGUAUUUCAGGGCCCGAUGACUGUGAAUUUGACUUUGAUGGCAUGUGUCACUGGAAAAAUGAUCCAAAUAAUCCAUCAAACUUCAACUGGGAGCGAAACACUGGCAGCACCCUAUCAAGCAAGACAGGACCAUCCGGGGACCACACGUCAGGUUCAGGCCACUACCUAUUCGUGGAAACUAGUGGCAUUAGUGCAGGCGAGAAGGCGAAAUUACUCAGCCAAACCUUCCCAGCAACUGGAGGUCGAUGUCUGACAUUUUGGUACCACAUGUAUGGCGAAGGGAUGGGAGAGUUGAAUGUGUAUAUCAAGCCUGUCACGGGUAGCCUGAGGAAAGUUUGGUCCCUGUCCGGCGAUCAAGGAGAUCAGUGGAAAAUGGCUCAAGUUACUCUUAAUAGCAGUUCUUUAAAAUAUCAGGUGAAUUUACGGGACCCUGGAAAGUUUCGAUCAAAGUCCGAAAAUAUCGCACUUCUUUGCUGAAUUCGUGGGGAGGGGGGCCGGGACUACCAUAUGAAGAGGUCGAGGAUAAUCUUCGUCUUGCUUAUGGGCAUAAAUCGAGGACUAUGGUCUAACAUAGGGUGUUCAUAACUGACGAAACGCCAUUAUUUUUAGCUGUCAAAGUAUCUUGUAGGGUGUACUCAACGAAAUAAUG